AUGUCAGAACUCCGCCAGCGACAGGCCGCCUCGGCCACCUCCAAGCGCAAGGAACGCUCGCCGCAGCGACCGCAACAGACCGAGGAAGAUCACGGCAUCAGCCUCUUGGACGUACUUCGUGUCCUCGCCACAAUUGUCCUCGCGACCUUCGGUAUCUCCUAUUACAUGACGAAUGGCGAGUCGGUGCUCUUCAAUUACCGGCCAUGGUAUACACGGUGGCCAGUUGUGAAGCAAUGGAUUGCCGGUCCUGUCAGCCUUACCCCCGCACAACUCUCUCUCUACGAUGGCAGCGACGAGUCCAUUCCCAUCUACCUAGCCGUUAACGGCUCUAUCUUCGACGUCUCCGCGAACCCGGGCAUGUACGGUCCUGGCGGCGGAUACCAUUUCUUUGCUGGACGGGAUGCGACCCGCGCUUUUGUGACGGGGUGCUUCAGUGACGACCUGACCCCCGAUCUGACCGGCGUUGAGGAGAUGUUCAUGCCUGUGGAAGAUGUGGAAGAAACCUUGACAUCGGCUGAGAAGAAGGUGCGACGGGAGCGGGAGAUGAGACAUGCGAAGGCGCAAAUUGCGCAGACUGUUGCGCGAUGGGAGAGGUUUUUUGGGAACUCUAAGAAGUACUUUCGGGCUGGGAAGGUUGUUGGGGUUGAGAAGGAUGCGGAAGAUGGUAAAAGGGUUCUUUGUGGUUCGGCGCAGAAUCAGAGACCGAAGAGGAGUGAGAUGAAUGAGGUGGUUUAG